AUGAAUAAAUGUGUAACAUAUACAUAUAUAAUAAUACUCAUUAUAAUUGCAGAUGUUUAUUGUUCAGAUAAACAGCACACACCUGAUGAUGAUGAUAUUAAUUUUGAUACAAUAGUAAAAGAAUUAGAAACAUUAGUUGAUGAAGAUGAUGUUGAAAGUAUUGACGAAGAAGGGUUUCAAAAUGUAGUAUCACAGUUGGAAGAGUUAGUAGCUACUGAUCAUGAUAUACCACCACCAAUACAAACACCAAUACCACCAACUCAUACUCAACAACCUUCUAAAGAACCUCAUUAUAUACCAACAAAAGAACAUAAACCAAGUCAUCUAGAUAUUAGACAACCUAUACAAAUACUAAAACGACCUACUAAAGAAUCUAAAGAAUCAUCAACUGAACCUACUAAAGAACCUACUACUCAAGAACCCCAACUAAUCACUCGACCUAUACAAAUACUAAGACGACCUACACAGCCUGAGCAGUCUAAAGAACCACCUACACAAGAAGACUCUAAAGAACCCAUUCAACAACCUCCACAGGAACCUACUCAACAAACCACACAACAUACUACUGAACCAGCUGGGUUGGAACCAGAAACUAUUCCAGUAGAGGUUGGAUCAGAAGAAGAAGAAGAAGGUGGAGAUGAUGAACCUCCUCAGGAACCUAGUGAACCUACUGAAAUAAUAAUGACAACUAAAACAUUAACAUUUAUGAAAAUGAAUGACGAAGGUAAAUUAGUAAAGAUGCAUUUAAGAGAUUUCCUAAUAAAAUAUAUCAAUUCAUCAAAAACAAGGUAUAGACUUAAAGCAAAUCUUGAACAACUAAUUUAUGACGAUAUAAUUAUUUUCGAACAUAAACCUGAAAAUAAAUAUUGUACAUCAUUAACACAUUAUAAAUCAAGGAAUGUGUUCAUUCUUAUAUCUCCUGAUGGAUAUUAUUUAGUUGAAUAUUGUAAAUCUAGUUGGAAAGUAAAAUUUGAAAAUUUUGCAAAAUCUCUCAAUGUAUAUACACAAGAUUCUGAGGGAAAAGAAAUUCAGCUUACUGAACAAUAUUAUGAAAUAAAAAUUAAUGAUCGCCCAUUAAUCCAUUAUAGAUUUAAUUCAGAUGCUAAUUGCACCAAAAUUAUACAUAAAAAAAUUAUAGUUUGGGAAAAAUCUAAUGAUGAAGAUCAUCCAUUAGCAUUGAGUAUUGGUUCAGAUAAAAAAAUCAAAAUAUUUUUCAAAGAUUAUGUCAAAGUAUUAAUAAGAUAUCAUGGGAAAUACUUAGAAUUAUCUAUUAUUAAAGCGACCUAUAAAACAUAA